AUGUUUGCGGGCAACGGCGGCGGAGGAGGACCUGCCGCGGUCGCUGGACCCUCGCAUGGGCAGAUGAGGGCCUCGUACGCACCGACAGCCGCACAGGGUCACUACGAGCGACCUGCGUACGCCGAGCACGCCGGGUUCACCCAGUCUAUACGACCUGGAAGUCGUGCGGCUGAAGGAGGCGCACUGGGCCAGAUGGGGUCGGGUUCGGCGGCGAUGCAGGAUGGACCGGUUCAGAGUGCGUAUGGCGGGACUCAGCAGGGUCAGGUGCAGAAUCCGGGCCACCCGCAGCGUCCACCGUCGGUCGUCGUCUCGUCGAAUCCGUACGGUCCACAGGCGUCGCCGCAUACAACGCCAAGAGGGCAGAACGUUGCGCCGUCGCCUCACAUGCAGCAUCAGCAACACCAGCAGCAGAUGCAGGCGCGGCAGCAGCAGCAGUCCCAACCCGACCCAUCUCCCCAUCCUCCUCACACUCCUUACUCGCAUCCUGCGCCUUCGCCCUACUCGAACUCGCCUGCGACCUAUCCUCAACCGGGACCGUCACCUUAUCAGCAGCAUCCCCAUCCUCCGCAGCGCCAGCAGCAGCCCAGCGGGCCCUUCCCCUCUCAUCCUUCGAACUCGCAAGCGACUUACGCCCCUCCUCAUCCGAACCCCAGCCCGACUCGCCCGCACCACCUCUCUCCGCACGCUCCGCACCCUGCGCACGAAAUAUCGCCCAACCCGCACGCACGCCAAUUGUCCUAUCCCCAGCCUCCCGCUCAACAUCCUCCUCACGCUCAGCCGCAACAAGCGUCGCAGCAGCAGCAGCGCGACUUCUACAGUGACGCAGAGAACGAGGAGAUGCAGCGCCGUCGAGCUCAUGCGCACGCAGACGCUGUGCGCGCGCGCCUCGCGCGCCGACCCGAGCAAGAGCGGCGGUUCGCGAGUGCGAGGCAAGACGAGGAAGUCGUGCCCGUCUCUGCGCCGUUGCAGACGAUUGGGAAUGGGUACACGGCGGUGCCGGUACAGCAGCAACAGAGUCAGGGAAUGGCUCAGCAUCAUGCCCAGCGAGCGGUGCCGCAGGCGGCGGAGCCGUUUGAUUUGCACGAAGAUGAGGACCAGCGCUUGCGCUUCCACGCCUACCUGCUCGACUACCUACAAAAGGCGGGCUUCCUCUCGACCGCCGCCGCGCUUCUCUCCGACUCACCCAGCAUCCCCACUCACUCUCCCUCCUCCGGCCGGUCCUACGUCCUCCCACGCCCUCGACUCCGCCAAGCGACCUCGGGCAACAGCUCGCUCUUCUUCACUUCCCCUUCCGCGCUCUCCCCUCUCCCUCUCGGUCCUCCGCCUUCCCAGCCCAUCUCGCCUCGAAAAGACACGUUCGGUGCAGAUGCCGGUCCUACAAACGCCGAUACGGUCGAAAGUACAGCCAGCACCGCCUCGACCGCUACGCACUUUGGCUUCGACGGGUCGGGUCGAGGAGCGACGGACGACGAGGACGGCGCGCCUAGUCCUGCGAAGGACGCGAGCGGGCCGGGUAGUCCCUCGAAACGGACUUCGCAGGCCAACUCGCGCAACAUCUCUGGCUCGUCAACCGGCGGCGAAUACUCGGCCCUCCGUAUUCCCGCCGCCAAAGUCCAGAUCGAGACAGACCAAGGCUUCCUCUACGAAUGGUGGAACGUCUUCUGGGACGUCUUUCGAGCCAAGGCGAGUGCGGCGGGGCGCAACGCGAAUCCCGCAGCGGCGAGGUCGUUCGUCCAGGCUAGCUCGGCGGCGGUCGAUGUGGCGAUGCAGAGGCAGGCGAAUGCACAUGCGCAGGCUCGAUCGCAGGCGCAGGCGCAUCAGGCGCACGUGCAGGCGCAGGCGCAGGCGCAGGGUCGAAGACCGUCCUUCCAUGCCGGCGCGCAGCCUCCGCCUCAGCGAAGACCUUCCGUCGUCGCUCAGCCCACGUAUGCGCAAGAUCCGCAACAGCAGCACCCGCCGUCUCAGCCGAACGCACCUCGACCACCUAUCCCGCUUCGUCAGCCGGACAACCCCAGCAUUCCCUCGGCCCAGCCUGAACCCGCCAUCCGCUCAGUACGCGAACCCUCGGCUCCAACCGACGAAGUAGCCUCUACGCCCGGCGGGACUCGUCGUUCGAGCCGCCACAAGAGCGCGAUGGCGCAUGCGCAGGCGCUCCAGCGUCAGCAGGAGCAGCAGGCCGAGAUCAACGCGAGGAUGGCGCAGGCUCGCGUGCAUGCUCAGCAGAUCCACAGCCGGCAUGUCUUGCCGCAUUCGCCUAGCGUCGGAACGCCUGGAACGCCCGCUAGCACGGGACAAGCCACUUCACCUGUCCAAUCCUUUUCGCCCAACGCGCUCAACUACAACCCCGACCGGCUCCAGCAGACGACCGAAGCCUACAACCGAUACCGCGCCUCGCUCGUCGCGAGUCAGCAGACCCAGCUCGAGAUGGCCAAGCGUCAGCUGAGUAAGGACAAGGACAAGGGCAGGCCUCGAAGGGCGUCUUCGGCUGCGGCGGAGGGGAGCAUGCCCCCUCCUCCAACGACGCAGCGGACUAGUACGUCGCUGGACAAUACGCCGCGGAACAAGGAUCUUCCGCUUCCGCCUACUCCGUCGGCCUCGGGCGCGUCUGCGGAAGCGGCGGUGGCGGACAAGGCCGGCGAGAAUGCUGCUUCUCCGGCGGGCACGGCGAGUGCGAAUGUUGCGGCGAGCAAGCGGAGGCGGUCCUCGAUGGCCAACUCGAUCAGCGAGACUCGGGAGUCGAAGAAGCGCGUCACGCAACAGCCCAGCGCCAGCACUUCCGCCGACCAGCCUCCUGCUCCAGCGGUCAUCACGGUCCUUCCGCCCGAAAUCAGCGCCCAGCUGGCUAAGGAACCGCUCCAUCCUGGCGGACUCGGAACCCUUCAGGGCGACACAGCCGACGCGAUUCAGAACUACCUCGCUUCGGAUCCCUGGACUUCGGUCGCAUCUUUGGACGCUAUCGACGGCUUGAGCGGUCUCGACAGUGAUGCGCUUGGCUUGGGCAUGUCGGCGGACGCUAGUGGACAGCUCUCGCUCGAGCAGCUUGACCGCCUUCUGUCGUCCACGGUCGAUGCCGCCGGCGCGCCUUACUCGUCGUCGACCGACGUCCAGCUUGGCGACAGCGCCACCUUCGACUACAACGAGUUCCUUACCGCGUUCGGCAGCGAAGGACCGGCAUCCUACGACCCGACUGUCCAAACCUUCGAUCUCGCCGUGUAG